AUGGGCUCUGAAACUAAAUCUCAAGAUCUUCCUCUUUCUGGUGUUGCUCGAGAUGGCUGGUCGACCGAUACCGAAGCCACCGCAACCUGCUUCUGCGGCGCUGUGCAGAUCGUCUUUCCCACUGAAGCUCCUGGCCUGGUCAACACUUUUGUCUGCAACUGCUUCGACUGCCGCAAAGUCACCGCUUCCAUGUUCGCCUCCAACUUCACCGUCGACAGCUCCUAUAUCAAGCAUCUUCGCGGCCAAGACAACUUGACCCGAUGGGGCCAGGACAAGACGCCUACGAGUGGAACUGAAAUGUCCAACUUUUUCUGCAAAACCUGCGGCACCCUCAUGUAUCGAAGAAGCGCGCUUACGCCGCACCAGAGCUUCAUGAGAAUUGGCACAGUCGAUGACUUCAAGCUACAUGAGACUAAGCUGCGACCCCAGACCGAGAUCUUCACGGAUUCCCGCGUUAGCUGGUGGCAUGGAGUGGAUGGAGCGAGCAAAUUCUCGGGUCCCUUUAAGAAGGCGAACAUGUAG